AUUUGUCCUAAUUAUACAAUUUACAAGAUGCUGUCAAAUAAUAAAAAAGAAUUGCAGCUUACAAAAUAUGAGAUGGAAGUUCCUAAAAUAAAAAAAACAUUGUAAAGAUAAGUCAUCAACUAAAAUUGAAAAAGACUGUUAAAUUGUUGGAAAUAAAACCCGCUAAAUUUAGCAAAGUGCAGAAACCAUUAUAAGGUUUGGAUUUUCCCAACAAACAAAAACAGUUAACAUCUGUUUUCUCUUCUCCUCUCCUCUUCUCUUCUCAAUUUCUUUUACCAUUUUUCAUUAUCAUUCUGUCUCCUCAUUUCCUCCUCCUGAGGCUAAAAGGCCACAAGUCUUUCUAGUUUCUCGAGAAACAAGUUUCAGACAUUAUCAUCUCGAGGGCUGAGAAAGAUGGCUGCAAGAAGACUUAAAGGAAAAGACAGUAAAGCAGUUACCGCCAUAGCCAUUGAUAAAGAUAAAAACAGCCAACACGCUUUGAAAUGGGCUGUCGAUAAUAUCAUCGUCGAUUCUUCAAACUGUAUCCUUCUCCAUGUUCAAACCAAAUUGAGAAUUGGUGCAGGAGAGAACACAGAGGCUACACAUGACAACCAGGAAGAGGCGCACCAGUUCUUCCUUCCCUAUAGAGGAUUCUGUGCUCGGAAAGGGGUCAGAGAUCAAUCUCUCUGUCUGUUUACAACAAUCACACAUAUGUAUAUAUAUAUAGCUCUGACCUCAUCAUAUAUGUUCUCUCAGAUUAUAGCAACUGAGGUUCUUCUUCACGAUAUUGACAUCUCGAGUGCAAUUAUUGACUACAUCACCAAUAAUUCCAUUGCAAAUAUAGUCCUUGGAGCCUCUGCGCGAAAUUCCUUCCUCAAGUCUCUAUCUUUCUCUCAUAUAACCUACUAAUGUAAUCUCAAACUUCGGUUCCAUGAAUGCUAAAACUCUUUGCUAUGGUCUUAACCAGGAAGUUUAAGAGCGCAGAUGUGCCAACCACACUGCUUAAAACAGCUCCAGAUACAUGUGCUGUCUUUAUUGUGUCUAAAGGUAGGCUCAUAACAAGCAGAUCAGCGACUCGGACUCAGACACCUCAAGGUCCUCAACACUCUCCUCCUCCUUCAAAAAAACCCGCAAUGAUGUCUG